UCUACUAAUAGUAGGGCAUGGAAAUUCUAUGUCCGAAUAGAACAUAUUCCUUAGUCAAAUCUACCGUUACUUUGGUUGCUUUCUCUAUAACUUCAUCACAGAAAUUUCUCUAAUUUACCAAUUCCAGGACUCACAAGCUACUCCCAUGGCGUCUGCACCAGCUUCCUGGCUUUUCCCUCUUCUCUUUCUCUGCUCUGUUUUUCCUUUCGCAUUUCCAGCCACCAUCACCAUCCCUCUCUCUCCUUCUACCCAACACUUCCCUUCCUCAGAUCCAUGGAUAAUCCUCAAUCAUCUUGCUUCUCUAUCCCUUUCCAGAGCCCAUCACAUCAAGUCUCCCAAUACCAACUUCUCCUCUAUCAUCAAGACUCCUCUGUUUUCUCGCAGCUAUGGUGGGUAUUCAAUGUCUUUGAGCUUUGGUACUCCGCCGCAGACUAUUCAGUUCAUCAUGGAUACUGGGAGUAGCCUUGUGUGGUUUCCCUGUACUUCCCGGUAUCUUUGCGCCGGAUGUAAUUUCCCAAACACCGAUUUAACGAAAAUCCCCAAGUUUAUGCCGAAGCUUUCAUCCUCUUCCAAGCUUGUUGGCUGUAGUAAUCCCAAAUGUGCUUGGAUUUUUGGAUCCAAUGUCCAUUCUAAAUGCCAGAGUUGUGACCCCAGUAACAAGAACUGUACUGAGUCUUGUCCUCCAUAUAUAAUUCAGUACGGUUUAGGCUCCACAGCUGGGCGUUUACUGUUAGAGUCUCUUGAUUUCCCGAAUAAGACCAUCGCCGAUUUUCUGGUCGGCUGCUCCAUCAUCUCCACCCGGCAGCCUGAAGGAAUUGCUGGGUUCGGUCGCAGCUCGGAGUCUCUCCCUCUUCAAUUGGGUCUCAAGAAAUUCUCUUACUGUUUGUUGUCUCGCCGUUUCGACGACACUCAAGUGAGCAGCAACCUUAUUCUGGAUAUGGGUCCAGAUACCGGCGAAGCCAAUACCCCAGGCCUUAGCUACACACCGUUUGCAAAAAAUACGGCGAGGUCAAACGCGGCAUUUCAAGAAUAUUACUAUGUAACACUGCGAAAAAUCAUAGUCGGCGACCAUCAUGUUAAAAUUCCAUACAAUUUCUUGGUGCCGCAAUCUGACGGCAAUGGAGGGACUAUAGUGGAUUCAGGCUCAACUUUCACGUUCAUGGAGGGGCCAGUUUUUGAGCUAGUAGCCAAAGCAUUCGAAAAGCAAAUGGCUAAUUAUACAAUAGCCAGCGGUGUGCAGAACCAGACCGGUUUAAGGCCGUGCUUCGAUAUAUCGGACGGUAAAUCGGUUAUCGUCCCGGAAUUGAUUUUCAAGUUCAAAGGCGGUGCUAAGAUGAAACUUCCAUUGGCAAAUUAUUUUGCAUUUGUUGAUAUGGGUGUCAUCUGUUUAACCAUUGUAAGCGACAAUGCGGGUGCUCCGGGAGGUCCUAACGGCGGCGAAGGACCGGCGAUUAUCUUGGGGAAUUUUCAGCAGCAGAACUUUUAUAUGGAGUAUGAUUUGGAAAAUGAAAGAUUUGGAUUUAAACAGCAAAGCUGUGCGUGAGCUGGUUUUGUCUGUGACCAAAUUAAUAAAGUCACAUUAAUCAGAUUAGGCAGCAUUAUGAUUAAAGAGUUUUAGUGUUGAUUACAUUGACUAGGCAAUAAAGGGACUUAUAUUGAUAAUUUGCGGCGGCGACUGCGGCGGCAACGGUGACAAAGAAUGUGGGUAUUGUGGUGAUUGGCUGUUCCUAUGGCUGCAUCAACCGGCAAAGGUGGCCAAAUACUGAUAUGUGUUUUUUUCCCUACAAUCAUUAUUGGAAACGUUGACAAAAUAAUAUAUAAUUGCAGAUUUUUCUUUU